AUGUAAACAACAUGGCGCUUGAGAUGGGAACUGUGGCCUUUGCAGGAACAUCAUGACAGCGGUGCUCAGGAGAACUGUUAGAUGAAUAUUGAUAAUGACAGCUUUCAAAAGCUAAGCUGUGACAGCGUAGCUAAACAGGUAGCUAGACAUCUAAUCGCACAGUGUGGACGACAGAAAAUUACAAUACUUAAAAGUGUCAAGACCCUUCACGCCUCGAAAACACGCUGGCUAGCAAACGUCUCUGUUAGGCUCUAAGUCUAUGGGCUCUCAGUCCAGUUCUGGGAUGUCCGGUCGGGGAUCCAGCGGCAACCCAGACCAGUCGGAACCAGAAGAAACUAACCAGAACACCAGCCAGAGAGGCGGUAGACAGGCAGAGCGACAAACGGACAGACAGUCGGCAGCAGAGGAAGACGUUGAUUUAGCUCAAGUGCUGGCGUACUUACUGAGGAGGGGUCAGGUGCGGCUGGUCCACGGAAGUGGGGCAACAGGUCUACAGCUCGUCCAGUCGUAUUCUGACUCAGACGAUGAUAGUGACGGCCCCUGGGAGGGUCGCCUAGGAGACCGCUACAUCCCCCCUGUGGACCUGCAGCCCGACACACAGGAUGUGGACCGCAGUGAAAUCCGGACCCAGAUCCUACUGGCUACUGCCUCUUCUGGCUCAAAAGCUGCACGGAGCUUCACCCACAUGCUGAGACAGAGGGAACAGGGGCGGUGUGGAGGCUCCAGUUUCUCUCAUGGAGAGUGCAGUCGCAUUAACUCACAUUUCCUGCCCAACCAUGUGGCCCACCAGGACACCUAUCAGCAGAAAGCAUUCUGUGGGGUGUACAGCAACGACGGCAACACGUUCCUGUCAGCUUGCCAGGAUCAGAUCAUCCGUCUGUAUGACACCAGCAGGGGGCGCUUUACCCUGAAGCGUACAGUGAAGGCACGGGACGUGGGCUGGAGUGUACUGGACGUCUGCUUCACCCCCGAUUCCCAUUCCAUUCUCUAUUCCAGCUGGUCCGAUUAUAUUCAUGUCUGCAGUAUAGAUGGAGACAGUGAAACGCACACCGCUCUGGACCUCAAUCCAGACGAGAGGAGGUUUUGCGUAUUUUCUAUUGCAGCGUCAUCGGACGGCAAAGAGGUCCUUGGGGGGGCGAAGGACGGCUGCCUCUACGUCUUCGACCGUGAGCAAAACAGGAGAACGCUGAAGAUUGACGCUCAUGAGGACGAUGUGAAUGCAGUGGCAUUUGCCGACAGCUCUUCACAGCUGCUGUUCUCUGGUAGCGACGAUGCCCUGUGCAAAGUGUGGGACAGACGGACGCUGCGAGAGGACAGACCGCAGCCCGUGGGACACCUGGCCGGACACAGAGAUGGCAUCACCUUCAUACACAGCAAGGGGGAUGCACGCUAUCUCAUCAGUAACUCUAAAGACCAGACGAUCAAGCUGUGGGACGUGAGGAAGUUCUCGCCAAAGGAGGGGCUGGCUGCUUCUAGGCUGGCCGUCACACAGCAGAACUGGGACUACCGAUGGCAGCAGGUCCCCCAAAGGGCUCUGAAGAGGAACAAGCUGGCAGGGGACACAUCGGUGAUGACGUACCGAGGUCACGGUGUCCAGCACACGCUCAUUCGAUGCCGAUUCUCACCCGAGUUCAGUACCGGCCAGAAGUUCAUAUACUCCGGCUGCUCCACCGGGAAAGUUGUCAUCUAUGACGUGCUGACAGGCAGUGUGGUAUCCAGGCUGUCCGAUCACAAUGCCUGCGUGAGAGAUGUCAGCUGGCACCCCUACCAGGACAACAUCAUCAGCAGCUCUUGGGAUGGAGCCGUGCGACUGUGGGAACACAGGCAGACUCACCCUUUAGAUGAGGACAGAGAGCGGGAGCGGGCGCCCGACACCAUGGACAAUUAAACAAAGACGAAGUCAGUGCAACUCUCACUGUCCCCACAGGCAGGGGCAGAGAGACAGGACCGGCAGGGAGCCGGCUACCAGACAAACAGCGAAACGUUAUUGACCUGUUGUGGGGAUUUACAGUGGGAUUGUGAAGUACUGAGCUCCCAAUUCCAGGUUUGCUUCCAAAUUCACAAAAGCCAUUUCUGGUCUGUAACUGCAGAUAUGCUGAAGCCUGCAGCAAAGCUGGGAUGGAGGAGGCAAGGAGUGAUUUUUUUUUCCCCUCCUUUGAAUUAAAGCCAUGGCUCUUUGAUGAGGCCUAAGAUGAAUUACCUAAUACAAAAAAAACAGAAUCUACAUACAAGGUGCUCACUGCAAAUGGAUCACAAACAUUGGUUUAUUAAACCAAUAAAGUGCAAAUAGGUGAUGGAAUUAAUUACUGGAAAUAAAUUACUACGUAUAAAAUGUGUACUACGUAUAAAAAGUUACUUUUUGUAAAAGCAUCAGC